AUGCGAAAGCCGCUGACGGUACUGUUGCUAAUGGUGGUGACGACGGCGUUCGGCCGAUCCGUGCAUCAUCAGGACAACGAAGAGAUCAGCGACACGUACUAUCAACGGGAAACAGACGCGCAGGUAAUCGCUGAGUGCUCAGACCCCACCGAUAUACUCAAAUCCAUUCAGAAUCAGGAAGAAGCACAGUUGGAUGUGUCAUCGGAAGACGUGCCAAGCUUGCCGCGAAUGAACAGUCAGCAGAAGUGGGACCUAAUCAGAGCCAGUGGCCAAGACCCGACCGUCCGCCGCCGAAAGAACAAACCGCAGAGGCAGCAGAAGGUGGUCCUGGGCCGAGAACGUCGUGAUCUGAUCCUGUCUCCCUGGAGAAUCACCCACGUGGCACCGAAGACGAAGGCGGUGGUCGUUCCGAAGAAGGCGAUGGCUCUCGGCUUCGACACGUGUCCGGACAAGUUCGACGCGAUCACGAAGGGAUACAACGGACGGACGUACGUGUUCGCGCGCGAGAAGGUCUACCAGAUCUGGUUCGAAGACGGGCUGCCUCAGAAGGCCUCCUACCUCAUCUCGGAGCUGUUCGCCGGCGGACCGAGAACCGUGACUGCCGCCCUGACCAACUCUCGCUCGGGAGUCACCAUUCUGUUCGACGGACGCACUGCCUACCGCUUCAGAUGGAACAGGAAGCACCGAAGAUUCCAGCUGGCGAAGAACACUCCGCAGGAACUGCCCCGCAACAUCACCAUCAAUCCGCUGUCCGCAUUCGAAUGGUCCGACGGAAACCAAGUCGUUCUGAGCGUCAGUUUCCACUUUAUCAGGCUUCUCAACAGUUUUCUGGUUUCAGGGCGAGCACUUCAUCAUCUACGACGCUUACUGGAACCUGGCCACGUUCACCGGGCACACCCGCAAGUACUUCCCCAAUCUGCCACGCGACCUGCUCGGAAUCGUCUACAACGGCGCCGGCGAGACCCUCCUCAUGUACACAAAGACCAACAAACUGAAGGUGAGCAUCCAGAAGGUUUCCAGGGGCACUUUGUAGUAAGAAGAAGUUCAGGUUUACGACACGAAGAAGUUCAAAGUAGUGCAGGAAUACCCGCUGAAGCUGUCCGAGUUCGUCGGAUGUCUCUCCAGAUGA